CGCUAGAUGUAGCAGUGCAACAUUAAAAUCAUGUCUCCUUCUUGGAUAAUUUAGGUUAUAUACUUUGAUUCUUUUAAAGUUUACGAAAAAGUAAAUAUAUUGUGAUUGACAAUUAAUGGACGUGUUUUGUUAAAAAUAAUAAUAUCUAUUUAAAUGUUAACUACGUAUAUAAAAUUUAGUAUAUAAAUAUAAAUAAUUUGAUUAUGGUAUUAAAAGUAUUAUACACUAUAUUUCUCUAUCAAUAAACAACCAAUAUAAAUAUAACUUUUUAAUUUCGUAAUAAAUGCUAGUUAAUAGUGUUUAUUUCUUGUUAAAAUAAAAUUUUAUUAUAAAUUUUAACAUAAUGAAUGCAGUUGCACCCAUUAAACCUCCCCGUGGAAUUAAACCCACCAAAGAAACGAGCGGUUUAUUAAUCUCAGUAAUUCGAGCACUAUCUGCUUCUGAAACUAAUGAACAAAGAGAAAUUGAGAAAGCUAAAUUAGAAAAAGAAUAUAAGCGAAGUGAUCAGAGAUUAGAUGAAUUAGUUUCAUUGCACGAGCAAGAUCUCACAGAAGUUAUGCAAAUAUUUAGUACUCUAUCCGAAAGAGUUACUGCUGCAAGAGAAAAGAUUCAUGCCGUAAAAGAAAAUUUACAUGCUUGUAAACAGUUAUUAAAUUGUAAGCAAGAAGAAUUACUUAAUCUAUGGUUAGAAGGUAUAGAACAUAAACAUGUAUUACAACUUUUAGAAGAAGCGUCUACUUCGCCAGAGAAAUAUAAUUUAGAGUAGAAAGCGGUUCAAAAAAUACUAUUUUUAAAUAUCAAAAAAUAGAAUAAGGUAACUAAUUUGUAUAAUUAUAGUUAUAUUAAUGGUGACAAUUAUAUAUUAUCAAUAUAUAGAUUAUGGACGUAUAAAACAUUAUUGCAAAAAGUAGUGCUUUUUAACUGUGUUUUAUACCAUGUUUUAUAUCGAAAACUAUAUGAUGUAUAAAGGGUCUUAUACUUACUCAAUAUUUUGUUACAACAUUGUAUAUUUUAUUU